AUAAAAGAAGACGAAAAAGGAAAUCGUCGUGCGGCGUCCGCUCGUCGUCGACUCGCGAGUUCGGCCGCCGCCACCGCCGCCGCCGCCGCCGCCGAUCCCCAUCCAUCCCGCGAGCAAGCAAGGGCGCAGGCAUCCUGGAACACCAUUUUGAAGUAUCAUAAAUUGAAAGUGAGUUAGCACUCAGCACUCAGGCACAUAUGGGCAUUGGAUCAACGCCAACCAGGACCAGAAACAAAAGUCUAGUGCAAGUCAGCUAGUAACUGAACAGGCCUCACUCGUGUGCCACUGCCCAAACUGGCAGAUCUUGAUAGGUGGCUUUGCAAUCUUUGGCCCCCUGAACCUGUCCUUCUCCAUGGCUGGGGCCACCACCACCUCCUCUCCCCUGCGGAGGAUGGAGUCUGUCUGCCGCCACCUCCUCCCAGCAUCACCGCCUAUCCUUUACCAGAAUCCGUUAGGUGCCAUCAGGCUGGAGUCAUCUCCAGUGAUUAUUGGGGGGAUGGUGCUGGACAUCCAUGCCAAGCCAUCCAUGCAGCCGCAUCCUGGAACGACUGUGCCUGGGAUGGUUAAGUACGUCAGUGGGGGAGUAGCAAGAAAUAUUGCCGAGUGCAUUUGUAAGCUUGAGACUCGACCAUUCAUGAUUAGUGUUGUUGGAAAUGAUAUGGCAGGGGAUUUCCUUUUGAAAUACUGGAGGUCGGCUGGACUAUGUACAGAUGGAAUACUGCAGAUUGAUGACGUAACAACCCCAAUAGUAUCAAAUGUGUUUGAUGGGAGCGGUGAAUUAAUUGCUGGCGUUGCAAGUGUUGGGGCAGUUGAAAAAUUUCUCUCUCCUAGCUGGAUAUGUCAGUUCCGUCUUCAUAUCUCCACUGCACCUCUACUAAUGCUUGAUGCAAAUUUAUCUCCUGAUUCACUUGAAGCCGCCUGCAAAAUAGCACAUGAAUCAGGAGUGCCUGUGUUUUUUGAGCCUGUCUCACUUGCGAAGGGUUCAAGGAUUGCACCAAUUGCAAAAUAUAUUACUUACACUUCCCCAAAUGAGAUUGAGCUUGUGGCAAUGGCAAAUUCAUUAUCUCCUCCUGAGAAAUAUACUUUUGUCAAAAUGGAGCAGUCCAAGAACAAAGCCAAAGCUGUAGAGUAUUUGUUUGAAAUGCUCAGCCCAGCAAUGUUUUUCCUCCUCGAAAAGGGCAUAAAGUUUCUUCUGGUGACGCUUGGCUCAAAUGGUGUUUUUGUUUGUUGCAAAGAGAGCACAAGUUUGAUGGACCAGCGAAAGUCUGAAAUGAUGUCUUUCUCAACUCCACUACUUCAAAAAUUGGAGCGAUGUUUUCCAUCUAACAUGCUUGUAGAUUUGCCUAGAGAAGGCUCUUCCAGAACAUGUGUUUUUCAUUUUCCUGCAGUAUCUGCCUCAGUGGUUAGCCUCACAGGUGCUGGUGAUUGUUUUGUUGGUGGAGUCAUUUCAGCUCUAUGUGGAGGUUUGGGUAUGAUGCAAUCUGUUGCGGUUGGGAUUGCUAUAGCAAAAUCAUCAGUGGAAUCUGAAGCUAAUAUACCUGAUAAGUUUUCUGCUGCAACUAUCGCAGAUGAUGCAAGAAGAACAUUGCUAUCAGCUAAAAUGAUGUGGUGCAAAUAACCAUUGGUGUUAUCUCGUGAAAGUCUUGGUGGGCAUGUAAUUUCCUAAUACCGUUUGUUGAUUAGGCUAUAUAUAUAUAUAUAAGGCUGAGUGUGGAUUCAGGUCGUGGGCUGGUGACAACUUAGCAAGUUUAAUGUAGUAGAUUAAGGAGCACGGCAGGUUUCUAAAUUUGUUUGCAUGUACCUAUGCCUUUAUACUUCGUCAGUUUCUGUAGGCUAGUGAUGAUGCCACGUUUGCAUCUGUAUGAUAAUGUCACAUCAGCGUCACGUAGGAUCUCGAAAAUGGUCGUGGCAAUCUUGAACCAGAAUGAUAUAUUUUGUGGUACUAGGAGUUCUGGUGGA